CCCACCGGGAGUCUGAAAGGCCCAGGGCCGGGGCGGCCAAGCCUAGCCAGUUGCCCCUAGAGUAAGGCCUCUGUUUACGACACGUAUGUGCGGCGGUGGCGAGGCCCACGCAGCUUUACGGCAGCCCAAGCGAGGGUGGCCUAGGGCGCUGGCAGUACGGCAGCUGCGGGGGCAGCCUCUUUCUGUCCCUCCUUGGGAGGUCUGAGCGCCCCGGACCAGCCGAGACGGGCGGUCGUGAAGUUUGUGGUGAAAAUGGCAGAGGAAGCCCUAGCGCCCCAGUAGCCCCUGCCCACUGGCCAGGUAGGGUGCCCAUCCCGAGCCCCGUGUUGGGCAGCCACAGAGAGACUGAAAUGACAAUCCCUGACCUCUAGGAAUUUGCCCUCUAUUAGGGGGAAACCAGAACCUUGAUCAGGCAACUGAAACCAACUCUACAUUGGACAUGGGAAGAUGCCCCUGCAUGUGAAAUGGCCUUUCCCCUCCGUGCCUCCUCUGUCUUGGACUCUGGCCAGCAGUGUGGUCAUGGGUCUUGUGGGUACCUACAGCUGCUUCUGGACCACUGGCUGGCCCUGUGGGGGCAUUUGUCCUCUCUUCAAAUAGAGUACAUGAACCGCCUUAAUGUGUACAACAAGGAGGUGCUGUACGAACUGAUCGAGAAUCGAGAUCCUGGCACACCGCUAAUCACUGUCUCCAAUCACCAGUCCUGCAUGGAUGACCCACACCUCUGGGGGAUCCUGAAACUCCGCCACAUCUGGAACCUGAGGCUGAUGAGGUGGACCCCAGCAGCUGCAGAUAUCUGUUUCACCAAGGAGCUGCAUUCUCAUUUCUUCAGCUUGGGAAAGUGUGUCCCUGUAUGCCGAGGGGAUGGCGUCUACCAGAAAGGAAUGGACUUUAUCCUGGAGAAACUCAACAAUGGGGACUGGGUCCACAUCUUCCCUGAAGGAAAAGUGAACAUGAGCCAGGAAUUUCUUCGUUUUAAGUGGGGAAUAGGACGCCUGAUUGCUGAGUGUCACCUCAACCCCAUUAUCCUUCCACUCUGGCACAUUGGAAUGAGUGAUGUGCUUCCCAACGCUCCACCCUAUUUCCCCAGAUUUGGACAGAAAAUCACCGUGCUCAUUGGGAAGCCAUUCAGCGCCCUGCCUGUUCUUGAACGUCUCCGAGCUGAAAAUAAGUCAGCAGUGGAGAUGCGCAAAGCCCUGACAGACUUUAUCCAGGAUGAGUUUCAGAGCCUGAAGGUGCAGGCAGAGUUACUCCAUAACCACUUCCAACCUCUGAGGUAGCCUGGGGGCUCCCAUAGCCCUGAGCUGAUUACUGGGGAAGCUCCUGCCCUGCUAAAGGCUCUUCCACUCCAGGCCAUCCUGUCAGGAUGGCCUGCUCCUUGUCUUCCUUCCAUGUUCUUCCAGAAAAGGUUCCAUGUUCCUGCCUCAAGAUCUGAGAGCACCCCCUAGCUCUUCCCAGUCCUACUCUCCUAGUGGCAGCUCAGGGCAUCUGGCACCUUGAGUAAAGAGUUGAACUGUGUGCAUGGGGAGCCAGGAAUGGGCUGCUUCCCUUCCAGACACCAGUAUCUCACCCUGGCCAGUGCAUGGAGGAGUAUAUGUUGGGGGUGGGAGAGGACAGUCAACUAGGAAGUGUCAGUAAAGGGUUUGGUUUUAUGCUUUUUAGACCAUAGGUUUCACUUUGGAUCAUCCUUUUCUGGGCUCCCCAGUGGAUGUUGCCUCCCUUCUAUUUUUCUAGAUAGAGCAGCAGUCCCUCUUACCAUGUGCCAAACUUUCUCUGGUGCAAAUCAAUGAAAUGGUGGCCUAGAAGAAGUGGGAUGGUUACGAGGCUUACUGUGAUUGGGUGUGUGUGUGUGUGUGUGUGUGUGUGUGUGUGUGUGUGCAGGGAGCAGAGAGAGUGUCAUAGUCAGGGUGUCCCUGGGCUCAGAAAUGUCUGCUUUGCUUUUGUAAAUGCUGCCCAUGAGGAUGCAUUAUAGUUGCCUCCCUACUCCCUUGAGAAACCUGCUCAAAGUUCCCAUUUUAACUGGAACAUUCUUAUAUGCUUAUGGAACCCUCUUUGGAGUUCCUGUAGCCUAGAUGAGAUGAGGCUGGGAAAAUUGUUACUUUUCCACUUUUUAUCUGAGAGUCUACUUUGCUUUCUGCUCUGCUAGCAAAUAGUGGAGGCUGGGGAGUGCUGGGAUAGGUAAUCAAGAGGUCACAGGACCUAAUAAAGACUUAGACGUUAGAUUUGUGAGGAUCCUUAACAGUCAUAAUGACUGUCUACUUGGGAUUGUGAUCUGUGUUGGUGGAAAUACCUUUGCCCAUACAUAAAAUCAUGGAAUAAUCUUGAAAUAUUGAAGUAUGUAUUCUCAUAUAUAAGGGAGAGGCAGGCUGGUUCUAGAUACUCCCAGAAAAUUUUCACUUUUCCCUCUUUCCCCUGUGGCCAAGGUUUGGUUGGCCAAGGCUAAGGGCAGGGAGACUGUCUCAGGGCCUCAGUCCCACUGGCUUCUAGGGAGACCAGGAGCCAAACCUGCAUAGAGCGGGGACCGGGAGCACAGUCACAUUCCUUUUCAUCUCAAGGAGUUCUUGUCUGUUCCAGAGGAGGAAACAUUACUCCUCUACCUGCCCACCCCAAAGCUGUGGUGGCCUUUCUUUCUCUCCCCACUGUCUUCUCUUUUAUGCCUGUAUGAUUUUUUAAUAGAUUUUUAACAAUAAAGUGUAUGUCUGUGCCAUGAUUCCA